GCGCAGGGGCCCUUGUAUUGUCCAAUCAGGAUCCGACAUACUUGUGACGUCACGUGUUUCCCGCACUACGUGCAGCCUCAAGGAAACUGUCAGCCAAGAAGGAACAAUCCUGACUUGACGGAAUAGACACAGCGAAAAUAGACUAUUCGGACGCAGCGAACGUCUGUUAUAACUUCUCGAAAUUGCGUUAUAUUCGUCGUUAUAGUGAGCUAAGGCCGUCAUGGCGGUCGGCAGAGGCUUCUUCGACCAAUAUUCUGUGUUCUGCGUGUUCGGUUCGGUCGUCGGUUGUGUCGUUGUGCCUCUUAUCACACAGUCAGUGGAGAGUGUCAUAUUUUCGGCCAUCGUUAUCAGUCUAACCGCGACUCAUUUGACUAAACGAGCAAGCAAAUCCGACAAUACAACUCAGGUUUACGCCAAGGAAUUAGACAAACGGAACAACCGAAAGAUAAAGGAUCGCGACGUAACCAACACUCAGCCGAAAAAGAAAAAGCCAUCGAACCAACAGAUACUUCGUUCUUCAGAGGUCAGAAAGAGACGUGAUGAUGAGCUCAGGAAGCUGGAACUAGCAAAGCAAUUAGAAUGGGAUCGUAAACAAGAAGAGAAAAAAGAAAGAAAGCAAAAGAAAAAAGAAGAAAGAAUGAGAAAGAAAGAACAAGAAAAGGAAGAAAAAGAGAGGGAAGACCUCAAGUUAAAGAGAUUAAAAGAAGAACGUUUACGGGAUAGAUACCAAGACAAGUCAUCCUUGAGGUCUGAUAACUCAAAAGUAAGAGGGGCCACAACAGGCAAAGCAACUAGUACAAGGAAAUCUGAUCACUCAACAUAUAAAACAUCUAGUUCCUUCAAACCACCAGCGUCUCCUGUAUUGACACUAACUACACUAUCAAGGCAGCCUUCAGUAUCUGAAGAUGUGGACAGUAACCUACCAAGCCCACCCCCCUCUGUUUGGAAAGUGCCUGAAUAUGUUGAACCCAAAUGGAACCCUGGGAAAACAGAUUUGAAAGGUUCACCCCUUAAUGAACACAAACUAAACAACGAUGUGGUCUGUAAGAAGCCUAAAUUGGUGGCUCCAUUCAACCAGCUUUACAACCAGGUCCGUACUAACCUAUCAUUUAACAAGAACCAGUACAUGAACCAGGAGAAGGAAACCACUGUCACUUGUGCAGAGACUGUACCUUACCUUGUGCGAAAGGAUUUUGACAAACCAGACAACCGGCAGACAAAUCAAGAUGGCAUCUAUUCUAGUUUUUCAGGCUUGCCAAACCUGUUAGUCCAGCUGCAGCAAAGUCAAGGGGAGGAGGAGGAAGUGAAGUCAUAUUCUUUGUUUGGUCCUGAGCAACCAAACAGCUCUAUCUUCAGAUCACCACUGACUGGGCGAUAGGAAUCACUAGAAAACGCCAUGCAUAGAAAAUCUAACCUAGUAAAAGCAGAUACAAAAAUGGUAAAAGAGUAUAUCAAAAGUUAUAGUAUUAAAGUCCAUAUAACCAUUUCCUUUAAGUUUAGUUGAGGUUGUGUUAAUCCUGAGAGUUAUUAAAAUUAAUAAAAUGCA